UUUCAGCUCGUGACUAGGAGGCAGACUUGAACAAUUUUGAAUUGUAGUUCAACGUUGUAUCACUGGCUCUUGCGAGUAUGAAGCGUUCUGCGGGCUCCACCAAAGGAGCAUCAAAAAGGCAGAAGGUUUCAAGUGCGACAAGUACUAGGAACCAGGACAAGGAGAAAGAAACAUUAGAAUGGCCUGAGUAUUUUCAAGAUUUGUUCAAGGUAUGCCAACCCAACCAACCCGUUUCUUCUGACUCGGUUUGAGUCUUCAUGUCACUACAGAUUUUCAAGGCAUUGAAUACAGUUCUUGCGUUUGUAUCUUCCCACAGACAUAUUGCAACCACAUUUCCUAUGAUUCGUUCCUCCGCCGAAGGUCUUCUGAAAAGACCACUUGAACUGUCUAAAGUAGCCGAACUCAAAGCCCUUCUUCCGGAUGUCGUCGAGUUUGCUUAUAUUCCUCGCAGUGACCUCCGAAUACAUGGAGAGGCGGUUUCUCAACAGAAUAAGCGCUCAAACAGUCCUGACUUCAUGCUACACCCACAAUCUCUUGCCGUCGACACACCAUUGGGCUAUCGACUCCCAGGUCAUGAAGAGGAAGAACAUGUCCUCGUCCUAGAAUUUGCAGAGAACUUUAGAACCAUCAAAUCAGGUAAUUUGGUUGAUAAACGAAACCAGCGCUUUAAAGAUGCCGUCGUCGAGCUUAUGAAGGCUACUCCAGAGGGAGAGGUGUCCAUGGAUCUGCUUCAAGCAGCAGCAAGAGACCACAUCCCUGUAAACCCUUCCACAAAGAAAGUCCUACUUGCUAACGAGUCUCAACAUCUGAUAAUUCCCGAACCCAAAGAUCGGCCCUCUAUUGACGAUAUACUACUUGAGAUCCAAAAACAACAAUGGUAUAAAAAUCAAAUUGCCGACCGGCGGACAUUCAAGGAGAAGGUAGCUAUCGAAGGAUUGCUGGCUGAGCCUCUUUCGCAUACGAUACAACAAGCGUUGCGAGAGUCGCGAAAUAUAACAUCACUAUAUUACCAUCAAGCGGCUGCCAUCAACGCUAUUGUGCAGAGGAAGCAUGUCAUUGUUUCGACCAGUACUGCGUCUGGAAAAAGUGUGAUAUAUCAGGUUCCUUUACUAAAGUUCCUAGAAGAAAACUCUAAUGCUACAGCCAUACUCAUAUACCCCACCAAGGCUUUAGCUCAGGAUCAGCGUACUGCGCUGGAACAGUUACUGUGUGCCUGCCCCGGACUGCAGCACAUCAAGGUAGCAACGUAUGAUGGAGACACCCCACAAGAUCACCGGAGAGCCAUUCGGGAGACGGCGUCCGUCAUCUUCACCAACUUUGACAUGCUGCACGCCUCUAUUUUACCUCACGAGGAGCUUUGGCGGACCUUCAUAAAGAAUAUUAAACUCGUAGCGGUCGAUGAACUGCAUUACUAUUCCAAUUUGUUUGGGAGUCACGUUGCUCAGAUCAUCCGCCGUUUCCGCAGGAUCUGUGCAGCUGUAGGGAACCAGCGAGUUGUCUUUGUCUCGUGCAGUGCUACCAUCUCGAAGCCAAGUCAACAUAUGAAACGUCUGUUUGGGGUCGAAGACGUGGAAGAAAUUGUUGAGGAUGGGGCUCCAUCUGGAAAGAAAGACUACUUAGUUUGGGAUCCUUUCAGUGUUAAAGAUAUGGAUUCUGGGGUUGCAAAACUCGGACAAUCCGGCCCAACGUGUGAGGCCAUCAACCUCAUGAUAUUUUUGAUGAUGCGUGGUGUUCGAGUCAUUUUAUUCUGCAAGAUUCGAAGAGCAUGCGAGCUGGCGAUGAAAUCUCUGCGCCAACGACUUAGCGCCGAGGGGCGCCUAGACGUUCUUGCGAAGGUCAUGCCUUACAGAGGAGGAUACUCUCAGGAGGAUCGGCGUCGCAUUGAAUAUGAAGCUUUUUCGGGACACUUACUUGGUAUUGUUGCAACUAAUGCUCUUGAGCUUGGUGUAGACAUCGGUGUUUUGGACGCUGUCAUCAUGCUUGGUUUUCCAUUUGGCAUUGCCAACUUUCGGCAGCAGGCUGGUCGUGCUGGGCGGAGAUCCCGCGAUUCACUGGCUGUAUUGGUAGCUGAAGACCUCCCUAUAGACAGAAACUAUGUCAAAUUCCCGGACAAACUCUACAAUCAGCCUAUGGAUGACCUGACCGUCGAUAUUGAGAGCAAAGUAGUCAUCGAGGCUCACUUGCAAUGCGCUGCUCAUGAAAUGCCUUUGUCCAAGGAUGAUGCCUUUUACUUUGGUCCCUCGCUAGGCGAAUUGUGCGAUUCAAAGCUACGGAAAGACAAAGACGGAUGGUAUCACCCGCACCCCAAGUUUCUCCCAUAUCCAGCCAAGCAUAUCUCAAUUCGUGGCGCGGAUGACGAUAAGUACACCGUUAUCGAUGUGACGAAAGUCGGGCUACCAAAUGGAGUACCAAGGAUCAUAGAAGAGAUCGAGCUUUCAAGAGCUAUUUUCGAGCUAUACGAGGGCGGAGUGUUCAUGCAUCAAGGAUUGACAUUUGUUGUUCAAGAAGUCAGUCAUGAUACAAAAGUAGCUAGACUUGUGAGGGCAGAUGUCAACUGGAUCACUAAGCCAAGAGACUACACGAAUGUGGAUGCCAUGCAAACGCAUCGAAUCAAAGAGAUUGCGAGGUCGCCACAUAGAGCAUAUUUCGGAAGGGUCGAUGUGACAACUGUUGUAUUUGGCUUCAGGAAAAUCAGGGGUAACAAGGUACUCGAUGUUGUCGACGUUGAUACGCCACCGUACGAAAGACAAGUCACCGGAUUCUGGUUCGAUGUGCCCAAAGAUUUACUUGGAUUGAUGAAGGAAAAACAUUUCAACCUUGCGGAAGCCAUCCAUUCUGCCUCGCAUGCAUGGAUGAAUCGUUUUGCUCUUUCUCCCGACUUGCGGACAGAAUGUAAGGCAGCAGAGAAAGAAUAUAAUAAAGAGGAGUCGCAGCGGAAGCGUCCCGCUAGGCUAAUAUUGUAUGAUGCAUCUCGGAAAGGUAGCGUGUCUGCCCAGGCAUUUGAUCACAGCGGCGAAGUUUUGCGACAGGCACACGACACGGUGGAAACCUGUCCAUGCAAGGAUGGUUGUGACAAAUGCAUUCACAGCGCUACUUGCUCGGAAGGAAAUGUCGUUGCCUCAAAGAUGGGGGCGCUCCUUAUUUUGAAGGCAUUAUUGAACCUUGACAUCGAUGCCGACAGUGUUGCUACACAAUUCGGUUCGCAAGGACCCGAGACUAUUGUUGAAGCGACGUAUAUUCGACCAUUGGACGGCGUCCAAGUGGAACCGGCUUAAUUAAGUUCCAAUGCGCCAGCAUAAUAUUGUAACGGCGCUGGCGCCAGCCCCUGACUCGCUUGUUCCUGGCAUGUUUUGUGUGCAUCGAAUUAAACAUAAAUUAGUCUUCUUUAAUUUUGGGUUCUGCUAGUACCAUGGAAUUCUAUUAUGAUGUUCUCCAAC